AUGGACAUGCCACGGGGUGACCGGUCCCCGUCCUGGUCCCGGGACCUGGGACGUGUCCCCUCCCGCGGCAGAGGGGACCUUGUCAGGGCCCCCGAGGAGGGGAUCAUGCAGGGCCGCAUGGCCUGGUGCGGGCGAGGUCCUGUGCUCAGGCUGGGGGCCGGCCCGAGGCGGGGGCGGGGGGCUCAGGAGUUGCCGGCCGGGUUUUCGUUGCUGGGCGAGCUGGAGGACGACGAGGACGACGAGGACGAGAAGCUCACGCCGCUGCGCGCCGCGCGCUGCCGCGGCCACCCGGACCUGCGCGUCAUGUACCCGGGACGCUGCCGCAAGUCCUGCGCGCACGUCCUGUGCCCGCGGCCGCAGUCGUGCGUGGUGGACCAGACGGGCAGUGCUCACUGCGUGGUGUGCCGCGCGGCGCCCUGCCCCGCGCCCUCCAGCCCCGGCCAGGAGCUCUGCGGCAACAACAACGUCACCUACAUGUCCUCGUGCCACCUCCGCCAGGCCACCUGCUUCCUGGGCCGCUCUAUCGGCGUGCGCCACCCGGGCAGCUGUGCAGGCACCCCUGAGCCGUCAGAUGCAGAGUCGGAGGAGGAGGAGGAGAACUUCGUGUGAGCCUGUGGGGCCGGCUUGGGCCUGGCGUUCAAGGCCUCCCCGUUUUAUUUAUUGCCACAGCCGAAUCUAAUUUAUGUCCCAUGGACGCUCCCCAGAGCCUGGACCGGGACCACCUGGGGGGGCCCGGGAGCCCCCUCACAAUAUCUCGGAAGGAUUGCGGGGGAGGAGGCCUGGGAGUGUGGCUGGUGGGUAGGGCUCCCGCCGCAGGUACCGUGCUGCCCAGGACGACCCCAUGCUGCUUCUGCUCUAGGGGAUAACUUAAUUAUCGCCACCACCGAGAGGGCUGGGAACUCACCCCUGCCGGCAAUUAAUGAAGAAGCACCCCAGUCUUCCCGACUACAGACUGGGAGUGAGGAAGGGGUCCACGGCCUGGGUGUGUAUAAAUGAGCCUCAGAACCUACCCAGGCCUCAGAUAGGCCAAGGAAGCAGCCACUGUCCCCAACCAGCUCAAGAACUCCAGGGUUUGCCUUCCCUCCUGCCCCCAUUUCCCUAGUACGUCCUGUGGUGGCCCCUUAGAAAAGCCCAGCUUGUGCCCUGGAGUGGGUGAGGGGCUGUCUGUGUCUCCUGACACAGGCCUUGGGCCAGCAUCAGCCCAGAGUGGGGCAUUAUGUCCAGUGGUGCCCAGUGCACUUAGGGCAGGACCCAGUGGGGCACAGGAGCCCCUGCUCACCCACUGGCCCGGGGUGGGGUAUAUGUGCCAGGACCCACUCUACCCUGCCUCCUGGAGCCACGUGUCUGAGCAGCACCCCUAGUUCUGGCUGCCCCAUCCACAGGUGAGGUCCAGACCAAAGCCUCUCAGUCCCGUGAGACUUGCCCUGGCCAAGCCCCUAAGCCCAGUUCCAACUGGACCCUCCUCACCCACCAGCCGGCUCAGGAGUCUUGACGCCAGCCAGAUGCUGGCCUUGGGCCAAGUCCCUGCUUUCUCUCUGGGCUGUUGCUUGGUGUCCCUGCCCCAUGUCUGCAUGUGGACCAGAGGGUCAGGCCACACGUGGGUGGCCCAGCAGGCAAGAGUCCAGCUCUGAGUUUGGGGGAGCCGCACAGGAGCGGUUGUGCUCCACCUCUCCUAGCCCCUCAGAAGUGCCUUACCUGUGACCCUGAGAAGUGCCCUUGAGUAAUGGGUUCACCCGAGCCCCCCGACAAGGCCAUCUCCCCUAGCCUGGGGUCCUGCCUCACCAAAGAAAUAAAGACUCCACUUUGGAGUGUCCAAGCCUU